GUAUGUAGCUGGUGAGCUUGUUGGUCAAUCGCUAAGAAGGCUUACAUCAGCGUAACCGUGGCUUUAAAACAGUGCGCGACCAGCGGCCAACAGAAACGGACUUGAAACAAUCGAAACGACAAUUCGUGCGGACAAAGUGUGAAUUUUCGAAAGGAAUACUUAAAAAAACAAUCGAAUUAAAUAAAACGGGAAAAUAAAUAACGUGCAAUUUUCACAAUUUAUAUUCAUAUAAGAGUUUUUUUAACAGCGCUAUUGAUUCAACUUCAUCUGCAGGAGACUAUAAAAGUGCGCACACUUGUGGCGAAUUGACGCGUUGUCGCAUUGUGCAUACGAAAUCAGUUUUCACUUUGUUGUUGGAUGUGAUUAAGGAAAAGCAGUGAAUUUAAACAAAUAAUUCAAUUGCGAAAAAGAAUUCCUGAAUUUCUGAAUUCUUUUUCAGCGAGCCAAACCAACAAAUUAAUUCAAUCCACGCUCACGCUCACGCACACACACACAGCUAAUAAACAAAUCAACAACAACAAUCACAAAACAAACGCUCAAAAAUGAUGCUGAAAUUCGUUUUGCUGGCGUACUUGCUGCAUUUGGCAAACGCCGCGCCACAGCUCCUCACUUUCAGAGAUGGUAAAUUUGGCGUCAAUUUUGGUGGAUAUCAUGCAGAGGCUGGUCUAGGCGGGCUGCUUACUGGAGAUGCGGCACAUGGAGGUCUCAGCGCUUCGGCGGGUACACCUUUCGGUCAAAGAGCUAGUGCUGGCUUAGGAGGCAGCGUUAACGGCGAUGCAGCUGGUGUGCUGUAUGCCAACGCUGAGGCCAAUCCACAAACUGGCGCAGAAGCUAUACUUGGCGGUGAUACCAGAAAAGGUGGUUACUCGGGUUCACAUGCCUAUGCCGCUGGUAAAAGUGUGGCCAGUACAAAAAAUCAUAUCUUACCGGGUGCGUUCGAUGCUCAAGUCGACUCAGUGACCAGUGGACCCAGCAAUGUGGUGCAGACGCGUACAUCGGCAGAGGCCAACUAUGAUGGCAUCCAAAAGAUUCGACCCCCGAAGAAAUACCUAAUCAAACCCAGUGCCAUCAGUAGUGGCACAGAUAAAUAUCGUAAUGAUUUCGACCACAAAACCACUGCUACCCACCACACCAACACAGAAGGUGUUCUUAAUCGUGCGAAUGGCAUAUCAACUGUUGAAUCAGCUACAAAAAAUACAAAUAUCAACCAGAAUGGCGACAGUAAUGAUGACGGCACUGACGCCGCUGCCUCAACAACUGUGGAACAGCGCAAAUAUGCUGCGAAAACAAUUAGCACACAUGUCACUGACGUGCCACAUCCUGCAGCAGCCAGCACAGCCACAAUCGCUAUCGCCACCACAAAAAACGCAGAUCUCAACAGCAGUCAACAGCGCGACGACAGAGUGCCACAGCCGGUAGUGAAAACACACGCAGAAGGUUUUGCCGACAUCGUUGCAGCACCACCCACCAUCGUAGUGAGUAGACAACGCCUGCGGCAGAAAUCACGCAUCCGACCACAGGCUCUGCAUAAAAGAGAGCGCCAACAACAGCGACAACGUGAACGCGAGCGUCUUGUACAAAUACAGCGCGUCUACUGGAAGGAGAACGCUGGAAAUGAGGAGGGUGCCUUACCAACCAGAACCAAGGUAUCCGAUGUGGCAGUGCAGCAGCGCACACAGUAUGCUGCACAAGCCAGCGCGAAUGCUAACGCCAACGCCAACACCAACACCAACGCCAACGUCCACUCAGGUGACAACGUCGCACAUUCGAAGCAUCUAACCAAGCGUGUAGAAAACCACCACUUUGAUUAUUCCGCCCCAUCACCUAUACCCGAGUUGAACCUGAACAUUGGCCCAUCUCUAGUGACCAGCGCAUUAAAUAUACCCAUUGGAAUUUUGCAUUCACUGCAGGAAUCAUUGGGCGGCUUGGGCGCUGCAAAACAAGGAUCUGCUGUCAAAUAUCAUUAAAUGACGUAGUGAUAAACUUAUGGAAUUAUAUAAGUUAUAUGUGUAAAUGAUUUGUAUGUAAUCGAUAAUAAAUAUACUUAUAGUAUUUUUUUC